GAGCUAAGUUGCUGCGGCGUGGAGCGGCCUAACGACUGGCACGAGAUACCUUGGAUCAACCUCGACUUUCUCAACGAGGAGUCGCUCGUCGUCAUGAAAUUGGCAGGCACGGACGGAAAGAUCCUGCCGCCUGUGUCACCGUAUUCGUGCUGCACGCCGCGUGUGCUUGCCGCCUGCUAUCACGAUCCUCUGCAGCAGGUUGAGUGGCGCGGCGCGUGGGCGGCGGGAUCUCCCUUACCAAGCGCAUCGUUGCACACGCGGGGCUGCGCGGAGGCUAUCCGCGCGCCGCUCGCCCGCGCUCUGCUCGGUCUGCAAGUCUUCAACGUCCUCGUGCUGUUGCUACAGUUCAUUAUAGUGAUCCUGGCGCAGCUGCUGCGGACGAGCGCUAUCGAGGCGGUGUUGAGCGGCGACUUCGACGGCUUGGGUCGCGGCUGGCUGCUGGGCACGCUCGGACCCACAGAACGCGCUUCCCUGAUAACGAAAGCGGAGGCGUACGUAAGUGCGCGUGCGGAGAUCUCGUACCGACGCGUGCCGCGUACAUACGCACACUACAGCUAGCGGUAAUCAUUGAAUCAGACGGUGUAUAUUUUCAGUUUUGUAAAUAUAUUAAUUAUAACGACAGGUAAUGUAAUAAAUAAAACAAAUAUUAAUCAAUGCAAGGCUUUA